AUGUUAAUAUUUUUUCUAACUUUGCUUAACCCUCUAUUGGCUCAAGAACAAGCAUCUUUGCCUGCCCCUACAUUAUCAUAUUUAAAAGGUAGCGAGUUUCAACAUUUAAUGGGAUCAUUGAUGGGAAAAGAAUACGGAUAUACUAAAGCUUAAUUGGCAGAAAUUGGAGGUUAGAGUGUUGCAGAAUACAUCCUCUAUUUAUCAAGGAUAGAUGUGCCUCUUAAGAGAGUUAUUUUUAUUAUUGGGCAGGAUUUCUCAGGAUCCUCAUAUCAAAACGGAUAUUUUGGAUUGGCAGCUGCACGAUAUUUGGCUUAGAGAAAAGUAGAAGUCGAUGUUGUAUUGUUAUACCCUAAUGAUCCCCUGAGAAGUAGAUUGGCAAUGCAAUGCAAAUCGCAUUCAGCUACAUUGCAUUUUGACAUUCUGCAAAAUCUAUAAGAACAAUUAAAUGUUUAAAUGACCAAGAAUAUUCUAGCAAAUUGGUUGAACGAUUAUGAUCUGGUCGUAGAUGCCAUCACACUUAGUUCAAUUGAAUAACCAAAGACUCCAGUGAGAGAAUUUAUGCAUGCCUUUUCAGAAGUAAACAAAAAAGUGCUGGCAAUCAAUCUGCCAGUCGGAUGGCAUACUGACAAUGGAAAUCUGUAUAAUGUGUAUGUGCCACAGUUUGUGAUCUCUUUGGGAUUGCCUUUGAAGGCCAUAAAGGAAUUCGAAGGAUAACACGCCAUAGGAGGUAGGUUCAUUCCUUAAGCAAAUACUUUUAAUUAUGUGUUGCCUAAGUACAAAAUUGAAGAUAGUUUCCAUUUACUUUAAAAGUGA